AUGACCAGCUCGGGCCGAGUCCUGCAGGAGGUCGAGGAGCUGGGCGCCGAUGAUAAUAAUGUCAUCGACUUCCAGCCCAUCCACGACCACGGCCGGUCCUUUUCGGUUUCUAUUGACUCGCGAAGGCCGCCGUCAGACCACACCCCUGCUGCUGGAAGGCGCUCGCUCGACCAGAAGGAGCGUAAUGGUUAUAUCAUCCUCGAUGAAGACGACUGCUACGAGGAGCUGGGAUUCUGCUUCCCGUCCUGGAGGAAAUGGAUGAUUAUCACCGUAAUCUUCCUCGUCCAGACCUCGAUGAACUUCAACACCAGCCUGUAUUCCAAUGCCAUUAGCGGUAUUUCAGAGGAAUUCGGCGUCAGUCUCCAGGCGGCUCGCUGUGGUGCCAUGAUCUACCUCGUAACUUAUGCGUUUGGCUGCGAGUUGUGGGCGCCGUGGAGUGAGGAGCUAGGGCGCAAGCCUAUUCUGCAGCUGAGUAUGCUCCUCACGAAUCUCUGGCAGCUGCCUGUCGCCCUUGCGCCGAAUUUCGCUACGAUCAUGGUUGGUCGCGCGUUUGGAGGCCUCAGUCUGGCCGGGGGCUCUGUCACGCUGGGAAUGAUUGCAGACCUGUGGGAGCCCGAGAAUCAACACUACGCAGUAGCCUGUGUGGUCUUCUCCUCGGUCGGUGGCUCAGUUCUUGGGCCUCUGAUCGGAGGCUUUGUUGAGGCAUUCCAACCCUGGCCUUGGGCGAUGUGGAUUCAGUUGAUCUUUGGUGGAUUUGUUCAGCUCUGCCACCUGGUGCUUGUCCCUGAAACCCGGUCAACGAUCAUGAUCAACAACUACGCGAAGAAGCAGCGCAAGGAGACCGGGCUGAAUGUCUGUGGUCCUGACGAGUUCCUGUCCUUCAAGGAGCGCUUCUCUGUGAAACAGAUCAUCAGCCAUAUGACCCGUCCUUUCCGGAUGCUGGCCAUGGAGCCCAUCGUGCUGACCCUGUCGCUGCUCAGUGGAUUCAGCGAUGCACUGAUCUUCAUGUUUAUCCAGUCCUUUAGUCUGGUGUACGCGCAGUGGAACUUCAGUACUGUGGCCAUAGGCCUUUCAUUCAUCCCUAUCCUAGUGGGAUAUAUCAUUGCCUGGCUCAGCAUGUACCCAGUGCUGCACCGCAACUCCAUAAAGCGCAAGAAGAACCCCGACGACGAGCACGCGCAGUACGAAUCGCGACUCUGGUGGUUACUCUAUACAGCGCCGUGCCUCCCCAUCGGCUUGAUUGGCUUUGCAUGGACGAGUCUGGGGCCCCCGCUGCACUGGAUCGGAACUAUGGUCUUUGCAGCUAUCGUGGGCAUUGCGAACUAUACCAUCUACAUGACGACAAUCGACUAUAUGGUCUGCGCCUACGGUCCUUACUCUGCAUCCGCAACCGGUGGCAAUGGCUUCGCCAGAGAUAUCCUCGCCGGUGCUCUCACCGUCCCUGCCACUCCAUUCUUCAGCAACAUUGGUGCCCCAACCCGCAACCUCGAAUAUGCCUCUACAAUCCUCUUCUGCAUCUCCUGCCUCCUCGUCCUCUCCGUCUACAUCAUCUACUGGAAAGGCCCCGUCAUGCGCAAAAAGUCCCCCUUCGCACAGCAACUCUCCGACGCCCGCAAGGAAAGCGCCAGCCGUCGCGCCUCGCUCUCCUACACCGGCUCGCGCCCGGUCUCGCGCAGACCGAGCAUGGUGCCUGCUGGGUCAGCUCCUGCGUCGCGGAGGGCUUCUCGCGCGAAACCCGGAUCGAAGCCGGCGUCGAGGAGACCUUCCCGAGAGAUAGAGAAGGAGAAGGCUGGAUCGAAGCCGGCGUCGCGUAGACCUUCUGAUGAGAAAGAGAGAGAGAAGCCUGCUGGGUCGAAGCCGGCGUCUCGUAGGGUCUCUUUUGAGAAACCGGCGUCGAGGCGUGCGUCGCGUGGAUAG